GCCUUCCUUCUUACUCCCUGUCCCAGCCUCACAUGUUUCACAACAUUUUAGAGAUACUUCAAAGCACGCUUCAAAAUUUAUAGGUCCGUGAAACACUAACUGAUCCGUUGAGUCGAGUGAAAUGAAUCAAAUUACUCGAGAGCGGAGGAAGAGAUCAGCUGCCCAGUAUUUGCUGGGCAGUGAAAGUAGUUUCAUGAUUUUUUUGCUCUACCAGAUCGCCUGCUUACUCUGUCUCAUUUCUAAGGAAUUUUUAAAGUUGGAAAUACCAAACUAUUUUCGAACAAGCCCGGAAAAGUAUACCUUGCGUAAAUCUUUGUAACGCAAGCAUCAAGCUUAUGGGUUACCAUUUCGUAGACUGAUGUACCAACUUCCGAGGUUACAGAGUUUGACGGGAUUGAUAAUGACACAUGACAUGUCAAUCAAUGUCUCAUCGUCACACUCGUGGGUACAGAUUGUCUGGUGUUUCUUUUUUGCAACCUUCUCAAUGCGGUCCGGGAUUAAUGUAUCUAUGGCCUUGAAGAAGAAUAUUUCGAAACACGCCAAUAGUGGAUCACUUGUUCAAAUAAGUUUUCAGAUUUAUUACUCUACAGAAAAUAGUGUAUUUGACAUAAUUGCAAUUUUUCAAUACAUUCCUUGAUAUUGUAAAAAAAUAAUAAAGAAACGUAAACAACAUGCCACACUGCCUGAUUAAAUCGAUGACAAGAUAUCAGAAAACAAGUAAUUUACAUGACGAGAACGAACUUUCCGUGUCGUGGUUGCCGACAGUAUCUGAUAUCAGAAAAAAAAAUCAAAGCAAAGAAGUGUCUUCAAAGUCAAUAAAUAUGUGGACUUGUCCAAGACUUUCAAUCGUAACUCGAUACAGCUUUAAGAAAGAUAACAGCAUGUUAUGGAACACAUCAAUUCCGGAAGAACUAGGCCUGCAGUUAAUAGAUUCCGGUGAAUCAGCCGACGUACUUUCAACGUCUACAGUCGUUGCAAGCGCGCCGACGGUAACAAAUUACCUGUGUGACUUGAACGCAAGGAAGAAACUUUUCGAUGCCGACAAAGAACUGAUCGAAAGAUGCGAGAUUAUAAAAAUCAACGACGCACAAGUAAACGCUGAGGGCGGGAAAUGCUGUAAAAAUGAUAAUCAAUCAUCCGACGGAAAGUGCGUGGACCCCGAGUCGGUCGAUUUAUCUCCCACAAUGCGAUUACCGGCUAGUAACACUUUGAUCAAAGCGAUAAGAUUUUACGAAGAAGAAAGAGCGCCCUACUCGGAUGUCGGAAACACGGAAACUUGGAAACGCAUCAAAGCCUUGCACUACUGCCCGUAUUGCCGGAAGAGCUUUGAUCGACCUUGGGUACUGAAAGGCCAUCUUCGACUUCAUACCGGUGAAAGGCCGUUCGAGUGUCCGGUUUGCCAAAAGUCGUUUGCCGAUCGAUCAAACUUGAGGGCUCAUCAACGGACCCGAAAUCACCAUCAAUGGCAAUGGCGGUGUGGAGUGUGCUUCAAGGCAUUCUCUCAACGACGAUAUUUGGAACGUCAUUGCCCAGAAGCGUGUCGGAAGUAUCGAAUUUCCCAGAGAAGAGAAAAUAGUUUAACUUGAACGUUCUAUUAAUAACUAACGUUGUAUCAAAUUGAAUGUUAUUACGCGAGUAAGCUAUAAACUUGUUACAAAUAUUCCUCUUUUUGUUCAGCCUUUAUUACAGACAUAUAACUAAAAGACUAUAGAAGCAAAGAAUAACGACAUAAUAAACUUGAAUCGUAUCUUAAUUGCAAAAUACGCAUUAUUAUUUCUUUACAUUUUUUACAAUAUCGACAGGCGUUGAAGAGACACCGUUGCUAUUAUAGUUUUAUCGCAGUUAUUCUACCUACGUAAAAAAGCCGUAACUAAAAUCGA